UGUUGAACGGAAGAGUUUACAAUGGGGACGCGCAGUGUUCAGACAGCGCUUUUGCGCACUUUGAUUUUACUUGUGCAGCUCCACGGCGGUUUCGGAUGGAGCUGGUCGGAUCAGCCGGUUUAUAACCCAGUGCUGAUUACCGCGCCGAGAGCGGUAUUUCAGGCGAAGCCCACCCCUCUCUCCGUGCAGAGAGCUGACCUGUCGCUGUUGGAUUUGGUCACCCUGGACUGCAGGAAAGACGCCAUGGUAGUGACCGUGAACCGGGUCUUGUUUGGGAUCGGUUACCUGGUGAACAGCGCCGACUUGAGCGUGGGGUCCACGGGUUGCUCGGCCACCUCCUCCGACAGCGUCGCCAACACGGUUUUGUUCAGCAUCCAGCUCCAGGACUGCGGCUGCACUUUCCAGGUAUUCCCAGACUUCCUGAGCUACACAAACCAUCUCUAUUACAAGCCUGCCAGUGUUGGCAUCAUCACCAGGGUUAAUAUGGCUGCUAUUCUCCUCGAAUGCCGAUACCCGAGAAGGUGGAAUGUCAGCAGCAGCCCCAUAAAACCAACCUAGGUGCCCUUCACGUCAACAGCCUCUACAGAGCAAAUCCUGGACUUCUCCUUGCUGCUCAUGAAUGGUAUGAAGGAAUGGGCUGGG